AUACUCCAUUACAAGCAUUCAAAAUCUUACUUAAGUAAAAGUACAGAAGUAUUGGCAGCUAAAUGUACUCAGAGUAUCAAAAGUAAAAGUACUCAUUAUGCAAAGAGGACCCAUUUAGAGUCUUACAUGUGUCACAUAUGGAUUACUGGAAUAUUAAUUAUUGAUUCAUCAACAGUGGUGGAAGAUCCUUUUAUUUAAGUAAAAGUACGAAUAGAGCAAUUUAAAAAUGCUCCAUUACAAGAUUUCAGAAUCUUACUUAAGUAAAAGUACAGAAGUAUUGACAACUUAAUGUAAUCAGAGUAUCAAACAUAAAAGUACUCAUACAAAGCCUCAUUUAGAGUUUCACAUUUAUCACAUUUGGGUUAUUAGAAUAUUAAUAUUGAUUCCUUGACAUAUAUGUAGUCUUAUCUAUAACCCUGCAUGUUUUAUAAACUGAUAGUUUUACAUAAGAAAUAUUGAUCUGAAAACAGCUAAUAACUAUAUCUUUGGAAUGAAUGUAGUAAUGAGUAAAAGAUAUUACAGUAUUUCCCUCUGAAAUGUGGUGGAGAAUACACUAAAUACAAGUACCACAACAUAGAAAUACUCAAGCAAAGUACAGGUACCGACAAUUUGUGUGGUGAAUUUUUGGUGAAGGACUUUGGUUAACACUUUAGCCCUCUGUUUUAUUAUUUUUGACCAGUGUCAGGUGCUGACACGUAGAGUGAGGAAGAGGAGGGGGAGGAUGAGGAGGAGGAGGAAGAUGAGGGUGUGACAUAAAUUGGUUAGUGUGUCAGGAGUGUGACUGGGCGUGAGUGUCACAUGUCGCCGCAGGCAGCAAGCGGUAGUUUGACAACUCCGCUUCCCCUCAGAGGAAAAAGACACACACAUCAGCAACUAAUCAUCUCUAGACCUGCAGCAGACGGGCGGCAAUGGCGACCGGUGACAGCCAGGAAACUUACGAGUCAUGGCUCAAUCAGGCCACAGACCCAAACAACGAGGAGGACCGAUGGGACUGCAUCCAGGGCUUCUACCAGCUCGUCAACCAGGAGACUGAUGGCCCACAGAUAGCCAUUCGUCUUCUUGCUCAUAAAAUCCAGUCCCCUCAGGAGAAAGAGGCCCUGCAAGCUCUCACUGUUCUCGAGGCCUGUAUGAACAACUGUGGCAAGAGGUUUCACAAAGAGGCGGCCAAGUUUCGUUUUCUCAAUGAGCUCAUCAAACUCUUAACACCAAAGUAUUUCGGCUCGUGGACUCCCCAGAAAGUUAAAGACAGAGUGACGGAGGUUCUUUACGGCUGGACGCUCUGGCUUAAAGACGAACCCAAGAUUCAGGAAGCCUACAGCAUGCUUAAGAAACAAGACAUUGUAAAGAAAGAUCCCAAACUACCAGACACGGUUAUAAUGGCUCCUCCGCCACAGAGAACCACAGACUCAGUUUUUGACCAGGAGGAAAAGGCCAAGCUCUUAGCCAGAUUACUGAAAAGUCAACGUCUUGAAGACCUGGAAACUGCCAACAGACUCAUUAAAAACACAAUCAAAGAGGAGCAGGAGAAAGCAGAGAAAGUGGCAAAGCGUGACUCGACUCUGAAGGAGGUGGAGAGCAGCAGCAAGCAGCUCAGAGAGAUGCUGGAGCAGCAAACCGUCACUGGGACGUUGUUACAGCCAAGCGAUGACUUGAAGGCCUUGUAUGAGCGCUGUGACCGGCUGAGGCCCAGUCUGUUCCGCCUGGCCAGCGACACGGUGGACGACGAUGCGGCUCUGGCCCAGAUCUUGGCGGCUAAUGACGAGCUGACACUUGCAGUAAAUGUUUACAAAGAGCGGCUGGGGAGAGGAGUGUGUAACGGAAGAAGUGAAAGAAGUAAAAGUGAAGAAGCAACCGAUAAAAGUAACGCUCCUACAAGUCCCAGAGAGAUUAAGAGCUACCACCUCAUCGACCUGUCAGCUCUGGACUCGCCGCAAACGCACAGAAAAGCUGAUUCACCACCGACCUUCGAAGCCUGUUCACCCCCAUCUUCCUCUCAUCUGGAAAGCACCUUCCACUCAGCAGCUGACCAGGACUUUACAGAAUUAGAGUUACAUAAUCAGGUCUCAAAACGCAGCCACACUCAAGAGACUCCAAAGUCGUAUUAUGAGGAACUAAUGCAGCUUAAUGGAGAAGUUCAGACAAUGAAAGCUGAGCAGUGUGGAGGGAGAGAGCCCGUGCUGAGAGCCCGUGGGUGUGGAGGAAACGGUGCUUCAUCAAAUGGGACGAAUAUAUGGUCACUUCCUCCAGAUCAGCAGUUUCCAAGUUUAGGAUCAUCAUCAAAGUCAGUGUCUGGGUCUCCAGUGAAAUCGGAGGAGAGCUUUUGUCCCCCAGAUUUACUGAAAAAUAUCUUUGUUCCAGUAGAGACCAUCAGAUCCAGUCAGCUGGAGCCGAUCACUUUAUAUGAUCAGGGCGGGAUCCACGUCUCGCUCCAUUUCGCCAAAGACUCUCCACCGGGUCACCCCAGCGUCGCUGUAGUCGUCAUCUCCACCGUCAACACCUCAGCCCUCGCUGUGAGAGACUUCCUGUUUCAAGCUGCUGUUCCUAAGACCAUGUCGGUGAAACUUCAGCCUGCAUCAGGGACACACCUACCUCCUUACAACCCUCUCCUGCCUCCACCUGCCAUCUCUCAGGUCCUCCUAUUGGCUAAUCCACAGAAGCGUAACGUGCGUCUACGCUACAAGCUAGCACUGAUACAUGGAGACCAGGAGCUGAACGAGACCGGAGAGGUAGACAACUUCCCUUACUGGACAUCUCUGAUCAGCCACUAAAAACACCAGAGAGACUUUGCUUCAGAAAACUGUGCAGGAUCUAGACCAGAAAUCUAGAUUUUGAAUACAGAGAGUUAAACGAAGCCCAGUGAGAAAGACAUAAAAGAUCAACAAACAAGUGGGAAACCAUACAAUACCUGCACUGGAUCCUCACAAGGUGAACAACUAGCUGGUAAGAUGCAAAAAGUAAUCUCACAAAGACUACUAUUACUCUAAAAAGGUUGGUAAACUCUAUUCCACACAUGAACAGAUACAGAUGUUGACUGUUCGUGUGGGUUCGGUACGUCGGUUAUUCAGGUAUUCAGUCUACUGCUGUUGUCUUAUCGUGCUGUUACUGCAAUCGCUGCCUCCUACGGGAUUAGAUACUGUAUGUUUCAAAAGUUGGAACAAAAUCUCCCAAGAAUCAAACAAAAUGAAGAUGUAUUGAAUGUAACGGACGCAGCUGUGUGACACCUUUUGUGUCAGAACUGAACCUGAAAAAAAGUGCCAACAGAAGAGAAAUACAAACCAUAAAAAUAUUGUAAUGAAAUGCAGCACUUGUGUGUAGUUUUAUGAAGUCAUUUCUUUGGUUUCAAAUUGUUUAUUUACUUAAAAUGAAAUAUUUUUUGUUUGAUAUUCGGGAGGUUUUGUCAAAUUAUGAAACAAAUCUAAUCCUUCUACCUUCUGCUGGUUGUUAAAGUGCCCAGUUUGAUUAUAAAGCCUUGUAAACGGUUACAUGUCUGCCAAUGACAACAUGUAUUUAUUAGCUUUAAUACAUUUGUGACAUCACAGAUCCUCAAAGUGCCUUAAGAUGUUUUUUUUUUUUUUUUUUUUUUUUUUUAACAUAACGCGUUAAAAAGGAUCAGGCAUUAUAAGCUGCAGCUUCAGCCUACACCUUUUUUUUUUUUUUCCAGACUGCAGAAAAAACUUGAGCUGCUCUAUUUAUCUCUUUUUUUUGUUCUUGUUUGUAUACAAAUAAAUUUGUAUUUGCAGACUGGAAAAUAAAUUCUAAUUGAAAGAAAAGCCAGAAAUCUGAGAACAUUUUUAAGAUUAAUGUCCAGAUCUGUCUAAAAGAAAUAAUAAUAAUGAUAAUAAUAAUAAUAAUAAUAUGAAGUCCAUAUUUUGAAAGCAUUGUUAUAAUUCUCUGUAUUUAUUCUAAGGUUGUUGCUUUAAAGAGUGAAUGUGUGAGUGUGAGAAACCUUUUAAAGAUUUGUGGGUAUUCUUGCUUUGUUUGAUGGAAGUUUUAUAGUUUUCUGCUCUAAGAUGUAAAAACUAUUUUUAAGAAAUGACAUAAUGGCUCAAAUGUCACAUUAUAUACAAGCUGAUUAUUGGAUCUUGAGCUGAGCUUUUUCCAUAAAUACUUUGUUUACUCGGUUAAUUUUUAUGACCAGAUCAGUGUUUCCUAGUCUUUAGUCUUAUACUGUGAAGCUUUAUGAUGCUUUUUUUGAUCCCAGAACAAGAAAAUUCACCUGCUUUACUCGUCCGUUACUUCCAGAUUUACACAAGUUGGAAAAACGAAACGUUGUUUCUGUCAAUGUGUUGCGCUGCCAUAUGUGUCAGUUUGACUUUAUCAAUAAAUACAAAUGCCAAAGUUCAAA